AUAAACGUCGGACAGCUCCGAAACACCGGCGGACUUUGCCGUCGCGGUUAGACUCUCGUGUUUAUUUACACCGUCGUAGUCGUCGUCGUCGUCGUCAUCAUCACAAUCAUUAUUGAUGUGCCAGAUCGAUUUCAUCUCUGUGACACGUUGUGCAGUCGAGCACACCUAAAAUAUCGGUCACCACACUCUCGCACGCCGACUGACGACCGUUCGUUUAACGUCGUCACGUGUGCGCGUAUAUUUCCAUACUGCCGUGAUAUUUCACUAUAUAAUAAUAUUAUAACGAUAUCAUAAUAUAUAUUAUAAUAUAGGCACCGAGACACAAAAAUGGUCGCUGAAGACGAAAACAAUGACGAGAUCUUUCAAGAAAUGGAAGUCGAAGAUCCUUUCUGUCUGGAAUCAAGUCCUCUUAAAUUAACAUUUGAAGAUAUAACGUCUGCUGCUUACAAGAUAAAAGAUGGUGUAAUCAAGACAGCGUGCACGAGAUCGCAUUUAUCUAGUGUUGUCAAUAUGGAACUUUAUUUGAAAAAGGACUUUGUGCAGUACACCGGAAGUUUUAAGGAGCGUGGUGCAUGCUAUGCGCUGAUGAUGUUGUCCGAUGAGCACAAGCGAAAUGGCGUGAUAUCUGCGUCUUUGGGAAAUCACGCACAGGCUCUAUGUUACCAUGGUAAGCGGCUUGGUGUGCCGGUGACAGUAGUUAUGCCCACAGUUGCACCGAUAAUCAAAAUCGAGGCUUGCCGGAAUUUCGGGGCAACUGUCAUAAUUCAGGGCUUUAACAUGAAAGAAUCCAAACACAUAGCGCUCAAGUUGUCCAAGGAGAAAGGGAUCAUAUACAUCAAUGGGUACGACCAUCCUCACAUAAUGGCUGGUCAAGGUACAGUGGGACUUGAAAUAUUAGAAGACGUCCCGGACGCAGAUGCAAUCGUCGUUCCUGUCGGUGGCGGUGGUUUGAUAGCUGGCGUGUCACUAGCCGUCAAAACAUUGAAAAAAAACUGUAAAAUUAUUGGCGUCGAAUCCGACCGCGUGCCCAGUUUCACGAAAGCCAUGGAAAACGGAAGUCCUAUUACUGUCGAAGGCAAGAGCACACUGGCCGAUGGCUUGGCCGUACCCAGAGUCGGUUGUAACGCAUUUGCCACCGCCGCGGGGCUGGUUGAUAAAAUGGUUGUGGUCACUGAGGAAUGGAUAUCGAUGGCAAUUCUGCGACUCGUCGAAUCUGAGAAGUGCGUAGUAGAAGGCGCCGGAGCCAUUGGACUAGCAGCCGCGUUAUCGGGUACUUUGGACGAGUUUAUAGGCAAAAAAGUUGUUCUGUUGCUGUGUGGUGGCAACAUCGAUACCUCUAUUUUGGGAAGGUGUUUGGACAGAGGAUUGGCCAUCGAUGGUAGAUUGGUCAAAUUUCACGCGACGUUGAGCGAUAGACCUGGUGGUAUCGCGGAACUGUGCAGAAUUUUGGCAACGAUUGGCGUUUGUGUGAAAGACAUCAUACACGAAAGGGCUUGGCUGUCGGAUGACGUUUUCAGCGUUAGGGUCAAAGUCGUAUGCGAGACAAGAGACUUAAGACACGCUCAACUGCUUCAGGAGGUGAUAAAGAAGAACUACAGCUCUUCCGUGUUUGGUAACAUACCAUUACCUAAAGUUCUUUGAACUAUGAUUUUAUGUUUUUCUUUUUUUUUCAUUAGUGUUUUCUUUUGAUUUUUCAUUAUAAUAUUACUUAUCAUUGACAUGCUGUACUACUAUUGAUAUUAUAAUUUAUAAAUAAAUAAACAUUUUAUUUUUGUACUGCAA